GUUGAGCUGCGCUCCUGUGUGCUGGAGGGAGGGGGGAUUGGGUCAUUGAGUUCAUUCGCACUACAGCAGCGGCGCCCUCCAUAGAGAUCCGCUGUCUCUCUCUCACACACACACACACUCACUCCAGCUGGCAAGAAUAUGUGUCAGAUGGAUGGUGAGGCGAAAAACAAGAUCUUUUAAAAUAUGGUGCAAACGGUACGUGCCUCCACGCUUCGCUUGACCUUUCAUCAGGACAAAGGAAGUCGAUGAGCCGUUUUAAGCGUAGCCGCUGCUGCUGCCAUUUUCGGGUCAAUCGAGGAGACUCGCCGGAGCUUGAGCUGUCGAUAAGCGGAAUAAUACAGAGCCGAGAGAUGGAGCGCCGUGAAUGAUUAUGGCCGAUAGUCACCGGAGGGGCACGGAUAGAGGCAGAGGCAGAAUGACAUCAGGAUACUCGCAGCAGUUUGUCAGCAGCAAAGCGUCAGACAUUCAGGAGCUCGCGUCCAAGCGCGUGGACAUCCAAAAGAAGCGCUUCUACCUAGACGUGAAGCAGAGCACCCGCGGCCGCUUCCUGAAGAUUGCCGAGGUGUGGAUCGGCCGUGGGAGACACGACAACAUCCGCAAGAGCAAACUCACGCUCUCCAUGUCCAUGGCACCCGACCUGCGCUACUGCCUGGGAGACUUCAUCGAUUAUUACGCGCACAUCGGGCUCCGAGGAUGCCAGGCGGCGGAACGCCGGCCGGAAGAGCAGAGCAACGGCCAGGGCCGCGCGCCGGACUCUCGCCGGAGAGCUGAGCAGGCGGCGUCACCCAACGGCUCCGGUGCGUCCGAAGAGCAGACGCACCGGGUGCUGAAGAGUGAGUUCAUCGAGCGGGACAACAGGAAGUACUACCUGGACCUGAAGGAGAACCAGCGCGGACGGUUUCUGCGCAUCAGGCAGACCGUCACCCGAGGACACGGGAGCAUGGGCUACUACGGCCAGGGCAUCGAGCAGACCAUCGUGCUGCCCGCGCAAGGGCUCAUCGAGUUCCGAGACGCGCUGUCUCAGCUGAUCGACGACUACGGCGACGACGAGCCCGAGCGGGCCUGCGCGCGGAACCACGACGAGUCUCCAGAGCUCCCCGAGGCGGCGUCGUUCCGCGUCGACAACAAACGCUUUUACUUCGACGUGGGCUCAAACCGGUUCGGCGUGUUCCUGAAGAUCAGCGAGGUCCGGCAGCCCUACAGGAACACCAUCACCGUCCCUCUGAAAGCCUGGGCGCGAUUCGGCGAGAACUUCAUGAGGUACGAGGAGGAGAUGCGACACAUCUUCAGCUGCCAUAAAGAGAAGAGGACAGACACGGAGGAGCAGGAGGAUUGACGCAAACUACUUUUCUGAUUUUCUCUUGUUAUUAGUUGUAUCUCUAGUCUCUGCUCUGCUAGUGGACGAGCGCGAUGGCACUUUCCCCGCUCGGCCCCUUCCGUUCAUGUCUAUUAUUGCAGUUGAUUUAAAUCUGUUAGGCAGCAUCCAAGCGGCUCUGCUGUAUGUGUGUGGGACCGAACAGGUGCAGUCUUUCAGUGUGUGCGUGUGUGUGUGUGUGUGUGUGUGAUAGAGAGGGCAUAUUUGGUCUCUCUACAUGUAGUAAUUCCUCCCAGGCUUAACGUAUGAGGCUGCUGUGCAAUUUAAAAGCUGGGAAUCAAAUAAUCAAGAUCUUAUAAAGCACUUAUGUCAGAGUUACGAUCGUUCAGAACGAUCAAGUGCAGAGUAGGCAAUUUGAUGGUACAAAGUGAAGGUUAUUUCUUUUGAUGCUUGAAGUUUGACUUCAUCUCAAUGAUCAAAAGAGCUGCAACACUUUACCAUUGCACAAAACUACUUUCCCCAUCUGAAAAUCAGAAACCAAAAAGUGCAUUAAUAUUUAUCUUAUUUGGAUGUUAUUUACGCACUAGCCCACUGAAAAAUGUCGAAUUUAUGAGGCUUUGUGAAAUCUAUAGAGCAUCAAAUAAUGACUGAUAUAACGUGAGAAUCUUUUAGAAAUGGCUUUAUAUAACAGAAUAAUGAAUUUUAGCUCUAUCAUGACGAUUCAAAUGCUGAAUCACUAGUGUGCAAUAUAUUAUUUUCAUCAGCCCCUGUGAGUGGGCUUAAAUGAAAACUGCAAAAGCAAAGAGAACAUAAAAUAGUAAAUGAUUUUAAUUUUAAGACCUCUGAUUUCAAUUUUAACUUUAACUUAGAGUGUGCUCUUAUGUGUGAUGUUGAAAAUAGUUGUCGCAUUGGGGAUUUACACAGAUUUUGACAUGACGUCAUUCUGCUCAAAACAUCAGUUGUGUUUAAAAUAAAUGUUUAUACAUUUAUCCCACUGCUAAUAAGUAAGCUUUAAUUUAUUUAAAAUGUUUGAUAAAAUUUGCCACAUCCCCAGAAUGUCCGUUUUUCCAUUUUCAUUAGUUUUAAAACACAUAUUGUGCAUACUAUGCACAGUAUGCAUUUUGCAUACCUAAUUUCAUUUGAAUAUAACACAAGCAGUAGUACUGUACACUGUAAAAAAAAAAAAAAAAAACAACAACGUAAUUUAACUUUUUUUUUCGGUAGCUAAAUUACUGAAAUUUACCGUAAAAAUAACAGACGUUAAAUUACAGAAAUUUACCAGAUAUUUAGAUUUAAGAAUUUCUAUAAUUUACCGUCUGUUAUUCUACAGUAAAUUUCUGUAAUUUAAGGGCCAUUAUUUUACAGGUUUUUUCGGCACCCCAGCUAUUAAGCAUAAAAUUAUGGAUUUUUUACAGUAUGUUGUAUUCUGAAAUGCACAAAAAGCAUGUUAACUCUAGUUGCCUUUUUAAAACUUUAUUUCCUGGGGUUGUAGCAAUUAGAGGCAUGAACGUUCAUGCAAUUAUUUUCUCGUUAAAGCACAAUUAAAUUUAGAAUUUUUUGCGUUGGUUUUAGGCUUGUUUAUUUGUACUGUAACAAUUGCCCAGCUUACAAAAGCAAUUUGCUUAGGCACUUCUGUUGACAUAUUUAGAGGUUUCAGCUAUCAACAGCUAACCUAAUGGUUUUUCCUCAGUUCACAAGUGUAUGUGUGUGUUUGUGUGUGUGUGAGUGAGUGAGUAUUUAUCCUUAAUAUGACUGAAUUAUGGGUAUGUUCUAUUGGUUGGUGUUAAAUUGCUGAUCUAUAACAGACACCUCCUCCAGGAAGCACUUUAUUCAAACAGCACUUUGAGCUGCUUCACCUGCUUUACCACUGCAAAGAGGACCUUCAUUUGUGCCCCAUGUAAGAACGAGUGACAAUCGUGCUCUCCAAUGAACACCUCAGCCUUUCAGAAGUGCAUUCAUCUGUUUGCUCUUUGCACUUCUCGGUUUAUUUCAAUCAGAUUAGGUUGCGAUGUGUUAUUUCAAGGGAGUCUGAUUAGCAUAUUUCUGACACCCUGUAUUCAGUCUGUGAUUGUAUUGUUCUCAUUGUCUGGUUUGUUUCCUGUGACUGUAUGCACACCAUUUUCUUACAAAAAAGGGCUGCUAUUGGAGGCUGUAUAUACUAGUGUCGCUCAUAAAGCCUAGUAUUCAGAUUACAUGUUUAUAAAGAAGGAUAGUUGAUUUUUUCCCCCUUAUUUUAGCUUGAUUUUUAUCCUAUCAAGGGCAUCAACAAAUUAGUUGCCUAAAAAUAUAUAUUACCUGACAAAUGUCUUGUCGUUGAUCCCAGUGUUAAGAGCAACAAAUAAUAACUUGAUUUUUAGUUGACUUGACUUUUAGUUGAUCAUUUGGAAAAGUGCAGAAGGUAGAUGAAGGUAGAUUGUUUUUUCCAAUGAAUCAUCUGUUGAACUGCAUCCCAAUCAUCACAAAUACUGCAGAAGACCUAUUGGAAACUGCAUGGACCCAAGAUUCUCACAGAAAUCAGUAAAGUUCGGUGAAGGAAAAAUCAUGGUUUGGGUUUACAUUCAGUAUGGAGUUUGUAAGAGAUCUACAGAGUGGAUGGCAACAUCAAUGGCCUGAGUUAUCAAGACAUUUUUGCUGCCAAUUACAUCACAAACCACAGGAGAGGGCAAAUUCUUCAGCAGGAUAGCACUCCUUCUCAUUCUUCAGCCUUCACAUUAAAGUUCCUUAAAGCAAAGAAGGUCAAGGUGCUCCAGGAUUGGCCGGCCCAGUCACUAGACAUGAACAUUAUUGAGUAGGCUAGGGGUAAGAUGGAGGAGGCAUUGAAGAUGAAUCCAAAUAAUCUUGAUGAACUCUGGGAGUCCUGCAAGAACACUUUCUUUGCCAUUCCAGAUGCUUCUAUACUGUACAUUAUUUCUGUUAAGUAACAAGACUUUUGUCUAAGCAAAGUCAGACCUUACUGUCCCAAUUAAAUAAUUAAAAAUCAAGGCAUGAUCAUAUUUUAUUUUGGUAAAUAAGUAAUAAUCUAAAGGCCUCUCCCCUUUAUAUAAGUCACUUCUGAUACCAAAUGAUCAACUAUAAGUCAAGUUAUUAUUUUUUGUUCUUAAAACUUGGAUAGGCAACAAGGUAGUGUAAAAGCUACGUGUGGCAAUUUAUUCUAUUUAUGUUUUUUUUUUCUCCUACGAAGCAGUAAAUGUGUAAAGCUGGCGUGAAAUGGAUAAACCAUGUGCACUUUAAAAAUCUAAGUACAGGUUUGUUCCCAACAAAGAAAUGAGAAGUAUGCUUGUUAUACGUGUAUGUGCAAUGCAUGACCACAAGAGAGCAGUGUUCAUAAGAUGUUUUUUCCUUUUCUUUGUCUAUAGGCGGUAAACAAAUGUUGCUCAAGUACACACACACAGAGUUUAAUACACUGGUGGCUGAUUUCAUUUCGACGAGUCCUUGAGAUGUUCUGUAGUCUUAGUGGAAACAUCUGUCAGCUUAUAAGGCCAUUUCAAAAUGCUAUAGUAUUGCAGCUAUAUCAGAGUUACUCUAAACACUUGAAUUCAUCAAAUUGGACUGUUAUGCAUAAUAUGUAUCAAAGUCACCGUUUUCAACCCAUAGGCCUUAAAAUCAUUACACCGCAGUUGUAAUGAUUGACUUUAGGGUUACGAGUUGUUGUUGAUGUUGUUCCAACGUAGUUUGCCUUCAUCUUUAAAACAUAACAUUUUGUACGUGUGAUGUAAGAUGACAAAAGAAAUGGGGGAAAACAAGUGUUUCGAAUGCGACAACAUGACCUCGCAAAUAAAAUAAAACAGAGAAAUAUUUUAAGCUCGGGAAAUACUAGAGCAGACAUGCAUACGUUUCUGUAAAUGUUCUUGAUAGUUGUGUGGGUAAUGUGACGUUCUAAAAAAAGAAAACAGGAUGGUUGUUCACAAGCUCUCUUGGGUUGUUCCUUUUUUAAUAUUUGUGUUGACCAUCUGCAGUUGGAUUUAAGAUGUGUCAGUCAGUGUGUUUGUUCGAUGAUUUUAAAAGAUGGCUCAGUUUUAAGAAAUGUUUUGGUGUAUCUUUAGGUAAUGUAAUGUAGUGCGUCCUCCUGUAGAGCUUUCAAAUAUUAUACAACCCGAAAAACAAGAAAGAAAUGGUUCUGUCUAGUAGCACUUUCUUUAAUGUGAGUACUGUAUUAGUUUCUGUUUAACAUGUAUGGUACAGUAUGAAUAUUCCUGGUUUGCCUUGUAAUGUUUUUAAAAGGUUGAAAUGUGUAGGAUACAUAUCUGAAGAAAUAUGACGUUUUCAAUUUGACGUUUGUGCAUGCCAACAGUAGGGUCCUGACGAACUUCAAAUAUAUCUGAACAAAAAAAAACAUUGGUGCUAUGUGAAAACAUAUAAAGGUGCUGAACUGGACCCUAGCUGCAUGCCUGUUGAAUGACAAUGGAAACAGUAGUAGAGCAAACACGAGGCGAGGCGCUGCCAUCUGGAGAUCGAUGGCGAGAUGCCCUUUCUCAACAAAAGCAGUUUUGCGUAACUGUAAAUCAUGCAUACUUCCAAAAUGCAGAGUUGUGAGUCUGCGUCCCAGUCGUGUACGGUGGCUCCCUGCGCUCAAGUCUGACUUUAUUCACCAGUUACUUUGAACAAGAUGGCUAAAACAAUGUUAGAAAAAUAUGUCAGACAUGCAAACAGGGAGAAGCCAAUCUACUAAGACUGGUACUAUCGCAGCACAUUACAGUUAAAUCAGUUGCGCUGUCGAUGUCUCAUGGUGGAUAUCCUCACUAAAGUACUUGCUGAAAUGUAAUGCUUAUUUACAGUUACCCAGUAAUUGUGUGUAAAAGUUCCACAGACAAUCUAAUAAAGUACAAUUUUUUAUGUUUAACGUGUGUCUUUUGAUCAACUCGUGUGAGAUCUUUGGCCAACAAUCAAUAUUUUAUUGACAUAUAAGCAUAUGCUGGCCA